GUACCCCCCAUCCCCGCAGCCGCCCCGGCCCGCCGCGGAGCCGGGGCUGAGCGUGCCGCCCCGCAGGAGAAGGACCUCAUCCACAAGCUGUUCAAGGUGCUGGCGCCCCGCUUCCAGCCGCACCCCGGCAGCUACACGCGGCUGCUGCAGAUCCCCAACCGGGACGGGCUGGACCGCGCUAAGAUGGCGGUGAUCGAGCUGAAGGGGAACCCGCUGCCGCCGCUCGUCCGCCCGCGCCGCGACUCGGACAAGACGCUGCUGAACCAGCUGCUCAAGGGAUACCGGCAGGACGCGCAGCGGGCGGCCGCCGCCCGGGGCACCCCCGUCUAGGGUCCCCCUGCCCUGAGCGGGCUCUGAGCGAGCUGCUCGUGCCUCAGCCCCGGUGCUGGCCUGGGGCGCGGGAGGGGAAGGUGCGGCACGAGAGCUGGAGGGUGAUGAAAGUUGCCGUGGCGAGGGCUGAGCUUGCUGGCUGCUUCCAGUGGUUUGAAUAGAGACUCAGAAGGAGAAGGAAAUCAAGCUAGGAGCCCCGAUGAUUGAUAUUUUCUGUGUAAAUAAACUUUGUUCAGAAAGCUG